ACGCAGUUGGAUCACACGCCCUGGUGGCGGGGGGAAUAGUUAUUCGGUUAGAUCAUCAGCCUUUUGGGGCCAAUGAAUCAAACAUAUCACUGUAGAAUACUCUCAUAGCCUGUUGCGAGUCCGUAGGGACAGUGCUGUGCCGCGAUUUCUGUGGAACAUGGAUUCGUUUUGGAUUAUACGAUUAGUGGUAUUAAUCACGACUUCCCAGUGUCUUGCGCUAAUCCAGUCCCCACCACAAAUCAUUAAACAACCGCCAACAGAUGAGCUGCUAUUUCAGGUAGCUCAACAACAAAAUGAAAAUAAGCCUUUCAUCAUAGAGUGUGAAGCUAAAGGUGAACCAGCACCUAAGUAUCGAUGGAUCAAGAAUGGAAAACAUUUCAACUGGCAGGCUUAUGAUAAUAGAAUCUCACAGCAGCCUGGAAGGGGCACCCUGGUUAUAACAUCACCCAGAGAUGAAGAUCUAGGUCAGUAUCAGUGCUUCGCUGAGAAUGAAUGGGGCACAGCUACAUCAAACUCAGUUUUUGUGCGGAAAGCAGAGCUUAAUUCUUUUAAAGGCAUGGCAGCAAUUUCUGUUACUGCGCAGGAGGGAGACCCUUUUAAACUCACCUGCCAUCCUCCUGAUGGAUGGCCAAAACCAAAUGUAUAUUGGCUGAUACAGUAUAAUGAUGGAGGUAUUAAAAGCAUCAAUAACUCCCGUAUGACUCUUGACCCAGAAGGAAACCUGUGGUUUUCAAAUGUGACACGUCAGGAUGCAAGUGAUGACUUCAUGUAUGCUUGUGCUGCAACAUCAUUUUUCAGGAAUGAAUACAAAUUAGGAAAUCGUGUCAUGCUGAAUGUGGAACUGACGGGCUCUUCAGCUGCCCAGAACAGGCACCAACCAGUGAAGCAGUAUGUGACAAGAAAGAAUGAGGUGGCUUUCAGAGGAAAGAAAGUUGAAAUGUAUUGUAUAUUUGGUGGAACGCCUCUGCCCCAAAUAGUCUGGAGUAAAGAUGGCAGACCCAUCCAGCCGUCAGACAGAAUAACACAAGGCAAUUAUGGAAAGAGCUUAGUAAUAAAACAUGUAAAUUACAAUGAUUCAGGUGCAUACACCUGUGAGGCUAGUAAUGGUGUUGGUGAUGCCCAGUCAUAUUCCAUAAAUCUACAAGUUAUGGCUGCACCAUAUUUCACUGUUGAGCCUGAAAUUAUCAAUGCAGCGGAAGAUGAAACUGUAACUUUCCGAUGUGAAGCCGAAGGUGUUCCUGAUCCCCAGAUUAAGUGGAUCCACAAUGGGCGACCAAUCAGUGAGGCACCACCAAAUCCACGCCGUAAAGUCACCACAAAUAGCAUAACUAUUGAGAGGCUUUCAAAAAAGGACACUGGCAACUAUGGAUGCAACGCUACCAAUAGUCAUGGCUAUGUGUACAAAGAUGUGUAUGUUAAUGUGUUAGAUACUCUGUUGAUGGAAGAGACUGAACCUCUAUAAAAUGGCAAUUUCUCAAGAGAAGGCACAAUCUGUCCUGGUUUAUUGAGGCAAAAUCGGAUGUUCAGAUUCAACCAAACUUCAGAACAAAGUAUGGAAGAGAUCCACCAUCGCGCCCAUCAAUCCGUGCAUGGCACAAAAAAUUUAUGGAGACAGGGACAGUGUUGGAUAUAGGUAGGAGCAGGCGACCGAGAACAUCCGAGGAAAACAUUGAUCGCGUUUUAAACGUCUUCACCUACGAAGUCCAUCCGCAUUGCUGCCAGACAGUUGCAACUACCACGUUCAACUGUGCAUAACGCCGUCCACAAGAACUUACGGUUGCAUGCUUACAAAGUGCAACUGUUACAAACACUAGAGCCAAAUGACAAGCCAAAACGGACAGAGUUUGCCCUCAACAUGCUGCAACGCCUAUCAAAGGAUGAAGCAUUCCUCAAACGAAUUUGUUUCAGUGAUGACGCAACUUUUCAUGUCUCUGGGACAUUAAACAGACACAAUAUGAGAAUCUGUGGAUCUGAACACCCCAAUGUGACUAGGGAGCUUCACCUGGAUAGUCCAAAAGUGAAUAUGUGGUGUGGAAUCAUGUGCAACCGAAUAACUGCUCCAUUUUUGUUCAACGAGUCAACAAUUACUGCACAUAUUUACCUCGACCUUCUGACCGAUCUCUUCAGUCCCCAGGUAUCAUAUAUGAUACCUCCAGGUAUUAUUUUUUUCUGGGGCGCGUACGCAGCGGAAUCUUUUCUUGUGGUAUAAUACACGAUAGACACCGCGCUUGCUGCAGCUCGCUUGUUCGUGCUUCUGCCAAGUGCCAUUAGGUGACAGCACAGAUUAGAAAAUACGGAUUCUGGAACUGCACAGCAUGUUGUUGUUGUUGUUGUUGUUAUUGUUGUUGUUGUUGUGGUCUUCAGUCCUGAGACUGGUUUGAUGCAGCUCUCCAUGUUACUCUAUCCUGUGCAAGCUUCUUCAUCUCCCAGUACUUAAUGCAACCUACAUCCUUCUGAAUCUGCUUAGUGUAUUCAUCUCUUGGUCUCCCUCUACGAUUUUUACCCUCCACGCUGUCCUCCAAUGCUAAAUUUGUGAUCCCUUGAUGCCUCAAAACAUGUCCUACCAACCGAUCCCUUCUUCUAGUCAAGUUGUGCCACAAACUUCUCUUCUCCCCAAUCCUAUUCAAUACCUCCUCAUUAGUUACGUGAUCUACCCACCUUAUCUUCAGCAUUCUUCUGUAGCACCACAUUUCGAAAGCUUCUAUUCUCUUCUUGUCCACACUAGUUAUCGUCCAUGUUUCACUUCCAUACAUGGCUACACUCCAUACAAAUACUUUCAGAAACGGCUUCCUGACACUUAAAUCUAUACUCUAUGUUAACAAAUUUCUCUCCUUCAGAAACGAUUUCCUUGCCAUUGCCAGUCUACAUUUUAUAUCCUCUCUACUUCGACCAUCAUCAGUUAUUUUACUCCCUAAAUAGCAAAACUCAUUUACUACUUUAAGUGUCUCAUUUCCUAAUCUAAUCCCCUCAGCAUCACCCGAUUUAAUUUGACUACAUUCCAUUAUCCUCAUUUUGCUUUUGUUGAUGUUCACCUUAUAUCCUCCUUUCAAGACACUGUCCAUUCCGUUCAACAGCUCUUCCAAGUCCUUUGCUGUCUCUGAGAGAAUUACAAUGUCAUUGGCGAACCUUAAAGUUUUUAUUUCUUCUCCAUGAAUUUUAAUACCUACCCCGAAUUUUUCUUUUGUUUCCUUUGCUGCUUGCUCAAUAUACAGAUUGAACAACAUCGGGGAGAGGCUACAACCCUUUCCCAACCACUACUUCCCUUUCAUGCCCCUCGACUCUUAUAAAUGCCAUCUGGUUUCUGUACAAAUUGUAAAUAGCCUUUCGCUCCCUGUAUUUUACCCCUGCCACCUUCAGAAUUUGAAAGAGAGUAUUCCAGUUAACAUUGUCAAAAGCUUUCUCUAAGCCUACAAAUGCUAGAAACGUAGGUUUGCCUUUUCUUAAUCUUUCUGCUAAGAUAAGUCGUAAGGUUAGUAUUGCCUCACGUGUUCCAACAUUUCUACGGAAUCCAAACUGAUCUUCCCCGAGAUCCGCUUCUACCAGUUUUUCCAUUCGUCUGUAAAGAAUUCACGUUAGUAUUUUGCAGCUGUGUCUUAUUAAACUGAUAGUUCGGUAAUUUUCACAUCUGUCCACAUCUGCUUUCUUUGGGAUUGGAAUUAUUAUAUUCUUCUUGAAGUCUGAGGGUAUUUCGCCUCUUACAUCUUGCUCACCAGAUGGUAGAGUUUUGUCAUGACUGGCUCUCCCAAGGCCAACAGUAGUUCUAAUGGAAUGUUGUCUACUCCCAGGGCCUUGUUUCGACUCGGGUCUUUCAGUGCUCUGUCAAACUCUUCACGCAGUAUUUUAUCUCCCAUUUCGUCUUCAUCUACAUCCUCUUCCAUUUCCAUAAUAUUGUCCUCAAGUACAUUGCCCUUGUAUAAACCCUCUAUAUACUCCUUCCACCUUUCUGCCUUCCCUUCUUUGCUUAGAACUGGGUAUCCAUCUGAGUUCUUGAUAUUCAUACAAGUGGUUCUCUUCUCUCCAAAGGUCUCUUUAAUUUUCCUGUAGGCAGUAUCUAUCUUACCCCGAGUGAGACAAGCCUCUACAUCCUUACAUUUGUCCUCUAGCCAUCCCUGCUUAGCCAUUUUGCACUUCCUGUCGGUCUCAUUUUUGAGACGUUUGUAUUCCUUUUUGCCUGCUUCAUUUACUGCAUUUUUAUAUUUUCUCCUUUCAUCAAUUAAAUUCAAUAUUUCUUCUGUUACCCAAGGAUUUCUAUUAGCCCUCGUCUUUUUACCUACUUGAUCCUCUGCUGCCGUCACUACUUCAUCCCUCAGAGCUACCCAUUCUUCUUCUACCGUAUUUCUUUCCCCCAUUCCUGUCAAUUGUUCCCUUAUGCUCUCCCUGAAACUCUCUACAACCUCUGGUUCUUUCAGUUUAUCCAGGUCCCAUCUCAUUAACUUCCCACCUUUUUGCAGUUUCUUCAGUUUCAAUCUGCAGUUCAUAACCAAUAGAUUGUGGUCAGAAUCCACAUCUGCCCCUGGAAAUGUCUUACAAUUUAAAACCUGGUUCCUAAAUCUGUCUUACCAUUAUAUAAUCUAUCUGAUACCUUUUAGUAUCUUCAGGAUUCUUUCAGGUAUACAACCUUCUUUUAUGAUUCCUGAACCAAGUGUUAGUUAUGAUUAAGUUAUGCUCUGUGCAAAAUUCUACAAGGCGGCUUCCUCUUUCAUUUCUUCCCCCCAAUCCAUGUUUCCUUCUCUCCCUUUUCCUACUGACGAAUUCCAGUCACCCAUGACUAUUAAAUUUUUGUCUCCCUUCACUACCUGAAUAAUUUCUUUUAUCUCUUCAUACAUUUCAUCAAUUUCUUCAUCAUCUGCAGAGCUAGUUGGCAUAUAAACUUGUACUACUGUAGUAGGCAUGGGCUUUGUGUCUAUCUUGGCCACAAUAAUGCGUGCACUAUGCUCUUUGUAGUAGCUAACCCGCACUCCUAUUUGUUUAUUCAUUAUUAAACCUACUCCUGCAUUACCCCUAUUUGAUUUUGUAUUUAUAACCCUGUAAUCACCAGACCAAAAGUCUUGUUCCUCCUGCCACCGAACUUCACUAAUUACCACAAUCUAACUUUAACCUAUCCAUUUCCCUUUUUAAAUUUUCUAACCUACCUGCCCGAUUAAGGGGUCUGACAUUCCACACUCCGAUACGUAGAACGCCAGUUUUCUUUCUCCUGAUAACGACGUCCUGCUGAGUAGUCCCAGCAUGUCUCGGCGAAAUAAAGGUAAAGACAUGAAUUUUAUCAGUUACAUGUGCUUUCACGCGCUUUAACAACAUAGGAAAGCUCUACAGGAUUUUUAAAAGUUAAUGUUUUUGGUAUCAUAUACAAUACCCUGGGACACAAUUCCGAUUUUGUUCACGUCAGUGGAAGUGAGAUUAUAUUUGUUUUCCGCUUGAUUCUGAGGCUUGACUAAUGAAGAGAUCACUGAGUUGAUCAACAGAAUUGAUCCAGGUGAGUCUGACGUAGAGUUUGGUGAGUCUGAUGAUGAAGAUGACGCUUUGAUACAAAGAAAUCAAAGUGACGAAAGUUCAUCAGAUGAAGAAACUGUACCUCUUGCUAAAAUCCGAGAAAGAAGCAAGUUUUGGAUGCAUACAGAUGUGUAAGAAUAAGUGUGUUAUUAAAGAAAUUACCAUAUAUUA